CCGCUGCCCUGGAUGGCUCGGCGCUGCGAGCUUGAUGGGGGGAUAUGACCUGCCGGGGGGUCCCGCCGGUCAGAGGGCAGAAAAGAGACGGCUGCAGCUGACCGCCCUGCCGGGGCCUAAUUUGGGGAGGGGGCGCCCGGCUUCACCCCCCGCCCAGGCAGGUGAACAGCAGGUGACUCUUUGCCCCUCUGGAUGGAGAUUUGGGGGCUCUACAUCCUUCCUGGCUCGGAAUGGAAAAACCUAACGACCCGAAACCCAGUCGGUUCUACAAAUGCGGCAAAGAGGAUGCCAAAAUUGUCGAAAACACUGCUGAAAUCCUGACGCUGCCGUUGAGGAAAGUCAGCGACAAGGUGGUCAUCACCGGAGGCGCCGGCUACUUCGGCUUUACGCUCGGCUGCGCGCUGGCUAAAUCAGGAACCGAAGUCAUUUUGUACGAUUUUAAUCCGCCCAUCUGGGACAUUCCAAAGGGAAUAAUAUUGAUCAGGUCAGACGUGAGAAAUUUCAGUGACUUAUACUCGGCCUGCGAAGGUGUGGAUUGUCUCAUCCACACAGCUGCGUACGGGGUGACCGGCAUAGAACAAGUGCACAAGAAACGCAUUCGGUCGAUCAACAUUGGAGGGACCGGAAUCGUCCUUGAAGUGUGCAAGCGGCAAAGAAUUCCCAGAUUGAUCUACACCAGUACAGUCGAUGUGAUCUUUGGAGGACAAACGAUCCUCGAUGGAGACGAAGCGACCGUAUCCUAUUUCCCUUUAGAGCAGCAAGUUAAUGAAUAUUCCCGGACAAAAUCAAUCGCAGAACAAAUGGUCUUAGCGGCAAAUGGAUCACUCCUCGCAGGAGGAGGAAAGUUACACACCUGUGCAAUCCGCCCUCCUGGAAUUUACGGACCGGAAGAGAUGGGGCAUUUGUCUCGGUUGGCUCUCAAUAUCGAAAGAGGGUUUUGUAACGUCUGUUUCGGCAAUCCGGGGAUCCUGAUGAACUGGGUCCACGUGAAAAAUCUGGUCCAAGGCCACAUCCUUGCUGCGAAGGCUCUCACUCCGGAAAUGAACUAUAUCGCACAUCAUAGGAUUUCCAAGUCACCUUUCUCAUUGGCCCUUCCAUGGUGUCAUUCCCAGGGUGGGCAGGCCUACUUUAUCAACGAUGGGGAGAAGGUCAACCUGUUUGAAUGGCUGCUGCCCUUGUUUGAAAAACUGGGCUACAAGAAACCGUGGAUCCAUAUUCCUGUUUUUCUGCUUCAUCUAACAGCUGCUGUCAUGGAAAAAUUACAAAAUCUAUUGCUACCCAUUGUGGAGAUCCCAGCCCUGAUCGCCAGAAAUGAAGUACAUAACAUGUGUGUCACACACACCUUCAAAAUAGAUAAAGCUCGGGCCCAUCUUGGCUACGCCCCGAAAAAGUACCCAUUUGCUGACUGCGUGGACCACUUUUUGAAAAAGGGACCCCAGCCGAGGAGUUUUUUCUUACGAAAAUGCCUUUUUCUGCUGGUCCUCCUCGUGGGGCUGAUCGUGCUGUAUGUGAAAUUCACCCAAGUCCGAACUUUCCUGCUAGAUUCCUGGGAAAAAUAUCGGUACGUUCUGAAGAGGUAAAGCGUUGGGACGUUGCUAGCCCUUAGAAGCAGGGAUGGGAACUGUGGCACAUGGGCUUUGGAGUCAUCCCCAACUCAUAGGCCAAACAGGUACGGCUAAGAGGAUGCGACGACGGUUGUUCCAAAACGAAAACGGUGAAUGGACGGGUUAACCAAGCACAGCGUCGCGCAGACGUCUCCGGAACUCCCUUGAGAUCCUCAAGAGUUUUGUGCGGCUGCACAAGGAAGAAAAACGAAAGCCAAAAGAGGGGUGCUCAACCCUCCACCUCCACCCCACUCUACCCCACCUGGGUGCCGUAAGAGAAGAUCCACCUGGAAGGAUCAAGACCGGUGUUGCCUUCUGAAGAUGGAGCCUAGAAGGAUGACGUGGGGACCCCGUUUAGGUGAAGGAUCCCCAUGGACACUUUUGUGCCUGUGUACCUCCAUCUGGCUUGGAUCAACCAUGCAGGGCACUAAAAUAAAAACACUUGGGGAAAAAGACCAACAUGGUUGUCUUUUUGAGUGGGAAGCGGCAGUGGCAGCUGUCCAGAUGUUCCCCCAAGAUUCAUGGAGUCCAUUUACAGAAUCCAGAUGGCAUCUUGGACUCAGCAGAGAAGGGGGGGGGGUCCCUAGGAUGCCAUCACUCACAUCAAAAGGGGGGUCCACAAGGCCACUAUUAGUUUCUUGGCUAAAAUGCAAUAAUAAUAAUAAUCCUGGAAUAAGCUAUCUUCCCUCUGGAAAAAAAAAUAUAGUGCUGUAGUUAAAAAAUAAUAGUAAAAGAAAUAAAAGGAAGUAAAAGGCACCACUUGUUCAAGAUAAUAAAGAAAUAAGUAAGAUUUAAUUUACAAAGACAAUAAUGAAUUUAUACGUUAGAAUAAUUACUGAAUAAAAUAAGGGUAAGU